UUAUUUCAAGAUGGCGGACGACCAAGAGCAGCAAGCCCCAGCCAACACUGUGGAAGAGCCCUUGGAUCUGAUACGACUCAGUUUAGAUGAGAGGAUUUAUGUUAAGAUGAGAAAUGAUCGUGAACUCAGAGGAAGGCUACAUGCAUAUGACCAACAUUUAAACAUGAUCCUUGGAGAGGUGGAAGAAACCGUGACAACAGUAGAGAUAGACGAGGAAACAUAUGAAGAAAUUUAUAAGUCCACAAAGAGAAAUAUCCCUAUGCUGUUUGUAAGAGGAGAUGGAGUCAUACUGGUCUCACCUCCACUCAGAACAGGAUAACAUAGAACUAAGACUUUCUAAUAUGAGACAUUACUGUUAUUGUGGGCUUCAUUGAUGAAAUCAGUGAGUGCAUUAGUAAAGGUAAUCUUGAUGUCAGCAGGGAUGCCAAAGCAGAUGCUAUAUGAGGCAUAAGGACAUAUUUUGCUGGUCAUCAGUGAUUUUGGUUUAAAAAA